AUGGGCCCCUUUCGCUACCACGACCUCGUCGACAUGCAAAGUGUCGAAGUCGCUCACUACGUCGACUGCCUACAAGAAGGCGUCUUUGACGCCCUGCGCAAACAGUAUCUGGACAAAGUGCUUCUUGAGGUCUUUGCUCGCGCCCCCGGUCCCCCGAAGGCGAAAGGAAAGCCCAAGUCGCCCAAGCAGACUGACUUGCAGCAGCUUUCCUCACACCGCGGCGAGCUGCUGGAAUGCUUUUCAUUCGGCUUUAACUACGACUCCGACGGGGCCCAGCUGCUGCUAGGGAAGGAGGGAAAGGUUGCCGCCACUAGUCGCCCGUCCGCCUCCAAGCAGGAAAUCAAGACUAAUGCGGGUGGUGUGCUCCGCGCCUUGCUCGAGCUCACCGAGACCCUCGAGCCGCUCCCGCAAAACAAGAUUAUUUCAAUGAAGAUUCUAUACAAGGACCACACACCGGAGGCGUAUGAGCCCCCCCACUUCAUGCGAGCGAUGGAACAGCAUCAACGAUGGUUCGAGGAGCAACCUAUUCGGGUUAACGCUGGGAGAGUGUCAACACCGUUUCACCACCUCAGCUUUUCGAUCCGCGCUCGCGCAAGCGCAGAAAACGAGGAAGCGCGGGUGCUGCGAAAGCGCGAGGUAUUGUCGAUGGAUCACACUGCGCCGCAGACAAUGACAAUUCUGGACGUCGGCGGCUCGCAGGGCAAUUCGGGGCGAGUAGCAUUACCUCCUGCCCCGAUGCGCGAGACGCAGGACUUUAUGGAGCGCGAGGAGGUUUCCGCACCCACCACGAAGAAGGAAAAGCAGAUGCCGUGGAAGCGCAAAGGGCCCGGAGAGAUGAGUCAGAAGACUGGAGGGCGCAAGAAGAGGAGGGGCGAGAGCUACGGGACGAAGGGAGGGUGGUCUGCCUCAGCGGGGACAGCGUUGGCGCAGAAAAAAACGAAGAAGGCUAGCGUGGCUGGACGGGUGCCGCGAGGAGACGGAAGGACGAAGAAUUCAUGA